CGUGUCUGCAUAUAGUAUCAUAGAGUCUAUAAGCCUACAUAUAGCCAUGCAUAUAGUGAUUCCCCCAUAAGAUUCAUUAUACGAAGACCUCCUUUUCCACGAACUGCCAGGAACGCGACCACAUAGUGAGGGGGAUUCGGUGCAUCGGCGUGGUGCCUUGGGGAUACACUGAUGACAGGGACCUCCUCGUGUGUCCUGAUCCCUGCGACUUCGCGAAUGUAAAAUACAAAGUAAAGAAGACCAAGUUCUACCAUCCAGUGUCUCUCGAUGGCGAUCACACCCACUUUCUCCUGGUCGACGAUGGUUCCAGAAACAGCUUCAGCGGGUCGGAUGAUUUCCGCACAAGACUGGAGGAGGCGAUCCAGGAGGAGGAGCCGAAGGGCCUGGGGGUGCCAGUCGUCCUCCUGGUCCUCGAGGGCGGGAUGAGUGCCCUCGAGAAGUGCGCCAUGGCUCUCUCGAGGGACAUCCCCGUGGUGGUGGUCGCGGGCACGGGGAGGGCGGCCGACCUCAUUGCUUAUGCUGUGUCCUUGACCAUCCGGACUCCCCGCGGCGAUUACGUGUUUCGAAAAGGUCAUGAAGCUCAGCUCAUGAACAGAAUAGCGUUGAUGAUGCCACAGCUGCACAAUAAACAGCAUUUACACAAGGAAUGCCUGGAGAGAUUGCUAGAAUGUUGCAGGAAGACGAGAAUGAUCACCAUCUUCGACAUUAAUUCCAAUGAGGGAUUAGACAAGUACAUUCUAUAUGCUUUGCUGACGUGCAAGGAAAGGUCUCAGUCCUCGCGCCAGGACCAGCUCGGCCUCGCUCUCCUGUGGAACAGACCAGACAUAGCCGAAACCCAAAUUUUCCCAGCGGAAAAGAACUGGAGUCUCGGCGCCCUCGAGGACCUCAUGACGACGGCGCUGCUGGAGGAGAAGGUGGAGUUCGUGAAUCUCUUCGUGAUGAACGGCCUGGUCAUGGAAGACUACCUCACCGUGGGCACCCUCAGGUUCCUCUACAAUCAAGCGUGUGUGCCCAACAGCCACCUCUCUCGCCUGCUGCAAAGAUCCUCGAACAGCUGGAACCACUCCCUCAUCCACGUCCACAAUCUGCUGAACGCGAUGAUGAAGAAACACUUCGACAAGAACUACCUGAUUGACACUCCCGAAAACAUUACGAACAACCCGAACAUCAGCGCCACGACAUUUGAGGAUCCUUAUCUUGAGCUGAUGCUGUGGGCCAUCUUCAGCAGGCGAGGCAAGUUGGCCAAGUUCCUGUGGGAGCGCUGCAACUCGCCGCUGUGUGCUGCCGUGGUGGCCUCCUGCAUGUACCAAGCCUUGUGGAAGUCUCUAGGGAAGAAGAACACGGACAUACGCCAAGAAUACCAGCGCCAGAAGAAUGUGUUUGAGAACCUUGCAGAAGAGCUAUUGAACGUGUGUUAUCAAGAGGACCCAAUCAUUGCCAUGGGCCUCAUAGAACAGAGGAACGCCAAGUGGGGCCAGCUGGACUGCCUCGAGCUAGCAUACAUCGCCAACGACCUCAUCUUCAUAUCGGCCCCGUGCUCCCAGGCGACCGUCGAGCUCAACUGGCGGAGAGGCAUGACCAAGGCGCCCUAUUCUGCUGUUAUUAUCGCCAACGUCUUUCCCCUCCUUAUAUUCUGGCCAAAAAUCUUCCAAUUUCAAAAGCUCGGCGACAACGGGGGAGAACUGACGGCGUGGCAGAAGCUGAUCGUGUACUACAAGUCGCCCAUCUCCAAGUUCUACGCCCACACCACCUCGUACGUGAUCUUCCUCCUCCUGUACUCGUACGUGAUCAUGUUCGACUUCAAGUACGAGAUGUCCGUGAGCGAAAUUCUCGUUAUUGUAUGGAUAAGCGCCGUCGCCAUGGAAAAGGUGUCGGAGAUCUGCACGGAGCAGUCCUCGACGACCUGGGACAAGCUGAAGGACUGGUCGUCUAGCGUGUGGAGUCGCUUCGACCUGAUGGCGGUCAUCCUGGCCCUCAUGGCUCUGACUCUUCGGCUCAUCCGCAGUACGUUCAAGUGGGGCCGCGUCUUCUAUGCCAUCAACACGAUCUUCUUCUACUGCCGCCUCUUCAGGAUGUACCACGUCAACUACCACCUGGGACCCAAGCUUGUCAUCUUCUACAGGAUGAUCACCGAAGUCCUGGUGUUCAUGGCGCUGCUGGUGAUCUUCAUCCUCGGCUACGGCAUCGCGUCCCAGUCCCUCCUGCACCCCUCCCACUAUUCCUUCACCUUCAACGUCACGCAAGUAGGGAGCAUCAUCGAAAGCGUCAUCCUCACGCCUUAUUGGCAGAUGUACGGCGAGCUUCUGCUGGAUGAAAUCGUGGCUAACGACCAUGAGACAUGUCACGAGAAAUCUUGUCGGGUCGUGGACUCGUGCUUGGACCAGACCCAGGCCUGCUUGCGAGACUGCGUGUGCGAGAACCCCGCUGAUUACAAGUGGGUUGUCAAGCUAAUGCUCUUCGUCUACCUCAUCAUUGGCAACAUCAUGUUACUCAACUUGCUCAUCGCUAUUUUCACGUACGUAUUCGACGAGGUCCAAGAAAACAGCAUGGAGAUCUGGAAGUUCGAGAUGUAUCGCUUGAUCCGCGAGUACGAGAAGAAACCUAUCUUGGUUCUUCCUUUUGUGAUAGUACAGCAUUUCUGGUGGUUAUUUAGGGCUGCGGGGAGAGCCUGUUGUGCCAAGACCGAGGAAGAGUCAACUGAAUACGAGAGCGACGGUAUGAUGACACUGAGACUAAUUGAGAAGGAAGCAACUCAGACUUUCCUGGCGAGGAUCCAUGCUGCUGAGGAGAACAGCCUUCAAGAACGCGUCAAGAGGAUGAGCAACAAAAUUGACAGAGUGACGAAGUACAUUGAUCAGAAGGAGGAGAUGGAAGAAAUCGAGGGAGACAUGGAAUGGGUCAUCGGGAAGGCAGAGGAACUACAGGAGAUGCAGAAUAACAAAGAUGGUAAAACCCAACUUUAUCCUCUGUCGUCUCCGCGCAAGAAGACUCCUCAGCCCUCGGGGAAAAAUUCCCCACGGGACCAGGAUGAAUGUUACGACGUGUUAGGGGACGAAAUAUCGGAUAACGAGAUCGAGUCUGAACUGGCUCAUCUCUUUAAUAGGGUGGAAUCCGUGAUUCCUAGCCUGACGCCGAGGACAAACACGCCCCUCGCAAAGCCGAGACGCAAGAGCGAGGUGCAGAGGAUAUACGAGCGCAUGGACGCCUUGGAAAUAAAGCUAAACACGUUUCAGAUUAGCGUAAGCCAAGCGCUAGAGAAGAUUUUAGACGCGUUCGAUAAAGAUGCAAAGAAGAAAACGACAGAGUAGGCCUACAGCUGGGCGGAAUGAAACGCAGUGUAUUUGUGAUUUAGACAACCGUUUUUUUUUUUUUGUUGUUGAUGUCUGUGAGAAGCUUUGGUGUGAUUUGAGGUUAAUUGUUAUAGAAGUUUCGUCGUGUCAUGGCCAAAUAUAGUUCUAUUUUCGUUGGAUUAGCUUGAAAAAUGAGGCAUUUCCACAAAAUCAAGUUGCUGUUUUCUUGAGAGAUAUGCAGAAAUGUUAUUUGAUGUUUGACGAGUAAAAGAAUUUUCCCAAAAGUAUUCGUAGUAUUCGUUGAUAUAAACAUAAGUACAAGUAAUGCCGCCUCAAAGUUAUUUUGAAAUAUAUUUUAAGUAACGUAAUAGAAUCCUCCUUGCCUUUGUAUCUAUUUCUUCAUAAUAGUUGUUUUUACGACUACAAUAAAUAAAUUUCACAUGUUUUUUAAAAUCACCAAGUGCCUCUUUGUGUAAUCAUUUGUCAUAACUUUAUUACCAGAUAUGCAUCAGCAUCUUAACCUAUUUCUUUCAUCAUAACCAUAGUUGUAUGCAUCGCCAAACAAAAACAUCACACUUGCAACGGUUUAUUAAAUCUUUCAUUACACCGUCUCAACAUUUUCACGUUCAUUUUUCUUGUCAAAUUUCAUCAUUUUAAUUAAAUUUAACUUGGAGGAAAAAGCCUGAUAAUCAAAACUAUUGUAGGAAAUGAGUAUCAGUAAGCUAUGCGAC